CCUCCUUUGAUGUUACUGUUCAAUUCAUUGAAAAUUUAGGAUGGUGGCUCCAAAUCCGCGGGCGACCAAUGCAUGUCAGUCCUGCCGGCGACGUAAAGUUAAGUGCUCUGGGGAACAGCCAUGUCGCAGCUGCUCCAGACAUAAUUGGGAAUGUACGUUUGGCCAUGUCGGGCGUAAGCGGUAUUCCGAAGCGUAUGUCUGCACUUCCUUGUGCGAGCAAUACCCCUUCAUUGACCGUCGAGAAGCUAUGUGAAGGGUUUAUUAGAUAAGGUACAAUCAUACGAAGAGCAACUCAAUGCCCGCUCUCAAGAUUCAGCACAGCCACCAGUUCCUCUUCCUCCUGCAC